AAUGUUGAGACUCGAUUUCAUAAUCAUAUUGCAACCCAAUUUUGCUGUCUAAGCACAAAAAAGGCUGAAUUUGCAAGAUGUGCUUUGAGAAUGCUUGAGAAACGUCUUCGCGGUGCUGCCAAGUCUGGUCGGCUGGCCCUGGUCAAAGGUCUCCUUCCGGUUGUCCGGGACGUGAACAGUAGAGAUGAAAAUGGGAGGUCCGCCCUGUGGUGGGCAGCAAGAAACGGACACUCAAAUGUUGUGACGUCAUUGGUGAGAAAAGGAGCAGACGUCAAUGCAAAAGAUACAGACAAGUGGUCGCCAUUGUUCGCAGCAAUUGAUGCCAGACAUCUUGAUGUUGUGAAAAUAUUGGUAGGUUACGGGGCGGAUUUGGAAGCUGAAGAUGACGGGGACAAUUCUGCGGCUAACUUUGCUGCAGGACACGGCCUUUCAGAUAUAUUGGAGUUUCUCCUCACUGCUGGCGCUAAUCUGGAGCAUUCGAAUAGUACGUUGGACACGCCCUUGAUAUGUGCUGCGAUAGAUGGUCAUAGAGAUGUGGUCAAUAUGCUGUUGAAUAUGAAGGCUAAUAUCAAAGCCCAGAACCAAAAUGGAUACAGCUGUUUGCAUUGCGCAGUGACUAAAUCGCAUUGUGAUGUUGUUUCUCUGCUAAUCGCAAAAGGAGCUGAUAUAGAAUGUAAAGACAAUGGUUUGUGUACACCUUUGGGACUUGCUAGUCUCAUGGGAAACACGGGGCUAGCUCGCAUCUUACUCGAAGCUGGAUGUUACGUAAAUAGCGAUGACGUGGACGGCAACACUGUUUUGGGUAAAGCAGUGAUCGAAGGACAUAAAGACUUGGUUGAAUUACUCCUUCAAUUUGGCGCUGAUUUCGCAGAACGGAACAUGGAUGGUUACCGGAGCUUGCAUUUAGCGGCGAUUCAAGGUUACAGGGAGAUUGCAGAGAUUUUGAUCGACGCAGGGGCGGAUUUCGAUGGUCUUGAUCCGCGUGAUCGAAGUCCAUUGAUGUGCGCGUCAAUGAAUGGACAUCAUGAUGUGAUGAAAUUGUUGAUGGACCUGGGUGCACAUCUAGACCACAGGGACGAACACGGCAACGCUUCUCUGCACUAUGCCGCUUUGAAUGGACUACCUGAAAUUGCCAAAACAUUGAUAGGUGCUGGGGCCGACAUCGAGACAGGAAAUAUGAUGGGAAGCUCUCCCCUCUGCUGUGCAGCAAUUUGUGGGGAGACAGCUGUUGCAGAAGUGCUAAUCGAAGCUAGGGCCUGCUUAGAACAUCGGGACAGAAGUGUGACGGCAUAUCCAAUCGAAUGCCCCGACUCUCAUGAACUAACAUCCGAAUAUGUAGGGGGCACAACUCCCCUUGCCUCUGCCGCCUUUGGUGGACACGUCGACGUAUGUAAGCUCCUCCUAGAGGCAGGUGCGAAUGUUACCAAAGUGGACGAGUUCGGACAUUUCCCUUUAGAGCUUUCUAUCCGAGGUGGAAAGAUAGAAACUAUCGAACUACUCCUGAAUGUUGCUCUGGACCAAUGUAGUCGUGAUACGCCUUUUGAAUUUCAAAGGCUGGUAAACGAGGCAGUGAAAUACGGUUAUAAAAAUGUCCUGGAGCUGUUGGUACAGAAAGGAGCUGAUGUUGAGUUGAAGGAUCAGGUGAAUCAGUCAAUACUAAAUCUUUCCUCUGUCCAAGGUCACGUCAACAUUGCAGAGUACCUUAUUGACAUCGGCGCUGACAUUAGCACAAGGGAUCUCUUAGACAAUACUCCCUUGUUGCAUGCCUCUUUUUUCGGACACCUUUCAGUUGUGGAGUUACUUACCAGCAAAGGUGCGGACACGAACGCCGUAAAUAAAGAAGGGAGAGACGCCCUUUUCUGUGCUGCUCAAAAUGGCCAUUCCGACGUUGUCAGAUUUCUAGCGCAAUUGGGAAUGAACGUGAACAAAACUGAUAAUGUGGGUUGGUGUCCGUUAGGAGCUGCGGUGGGGCGCGGUCAUCUCGAAUGCGUCAAGGAGCUAGUGCAACUCGGGGCCAGACUUGACUUUAGGACGACGGACGAUAUAAACAGUGGACUCCUGCACGUUGCGGCUUAUGCAGGUUUGGUAGACAUCUAUCAGUUCUUACGAAUUGUCGGUCUCAAACAGGAGAAAGAUUCCGAAGGAAGGCUACCAGUAGACUGUUUCCCGUUUCAUGACAUCAUUGACUAUUCUGUUUUAGAUGUCGACGAAUCUGACCUAUCAGUAUUCCAAUUUGGGAGAAGUGACUCAGAGGCGUCAUUUCGUCAUAUAAUUCCAGAAGUGAACUUGUCCGAUUUAGCAAACCUAAGAGGUAUCGGCAAUGUCACAUCCAUUCCGAUUGGCGCCACCGAGAAGGUCAAUACAUUCGUUGAUAACUUUGUUGGGGAACGAGAGGAUAUCCAUCAAAGGUGCGGCAGCUCCGCAGAAGGGACUAAGGUUGGCCUGCCAGACGAGGUAGAUUAUAUGUUAAAGGAUUGCAUAGCAACUGUGGAAGCUAACUGUCUGAUUGAAUAUGGCGAUGGGUAUGUGGGCAUCGAUUUGGAGCGCGGACAAAACCGAGUGAAGACAAAUUCCAAGUACUCUGGCGACGAUCUUGACCUGCUCUCCAUUGAGUCCGAACACGAAACCGAUUGGAAUGACUAUGUUGUAGAAACUGCAGACGAAUUUGAUCUCGAUAUGCAAAACCAAGGGAAGAAAAAAUCUAAAUACUCUUGUGACCUGCUCUCCAGUGAGUCUAGACACGAAACCGAUUGGAAUGACUAUGCUGUAGAAACUGUAGACGAAAUUGAUCUCGAUACUCAAGACCAAGGGAAGACAAAAUCGAAAUACUCUUGCGACGCUGAUGGACUGCUGUCCUGCGAGUCCAAGCAAGAAACCCAUAGCAAUGACUAUGCUGUAGAUACUGGAGAAGAAAUUGAUCUACGGAAACAAAACGAAGGAAAGACAAAGUCUAAGCACUCUCCCAGGGCACUUGGAAUGCUCUCCAGUAAGUCCAGGCACGUAAUGCAUCCGAAUGACUUUGUUGUAGAGACUGGGAAAGUAUCUAACACCGGCCUCAAUCCGAACGAGAUGGAUCUUUCAAGACAAAAUCAAGGAAAGACAAAAUCUAAGUACCCUAUCAGCGCACUUGGAUGUCUCUUUAGAAAGUCCAGACACGAAAACCGUUCUAAUUACUUUGCUGUUCCGAACGAGGCGGAUCUUGCGAGACAUGACGAACUGAUAAAAUCUUGGCACCCCAUGUACUCUUGCAGUGUACUUGGACUGCUCUCCAGUAAGUCCAGACAUGAGACCCAUUGGAAUGACUUUAUUGAUCGGAUGUAUAACGAGGAAGUUGUGGUGUCCUUACCUCGAGCUGUCCUGGGUGGCGGUAAUGCCAGUACGCCCAUGUCGAUUCGUUGGCAGCAAAGUCCGCCUCGGACUGGAAGUAUCAUCGUUUCCAUUGACUUGGUACCAGUUCUCUCUAUUUCUGAUUGGCCUAACGAUUUCAUUCAGAAAACAUGGCUGAUGAACAGCCGGACUCUGCGUGGAAGCGGUUACAAGGUUGUCAUGAAGCCCCCACAUGAGGAGAGUGAUAUGGGGAAGCGUCUAGGGGAGGAGUUGCGGGUGCAGCUCUGGCGGAUUUCGUUUCCUCAUUUGGAAGUCGCUCAUAUCUCAAGUUUGGAGUCUCGGGUCAAGGAUGUAUACGUCACAGCCAAGUGCUUGAGAAACCCCGCCGUAUGCCGCAUUGUUCUCAGAGACAGCGAUGGCAAACUACAAUUUGUCAAUAAGUAUCUCACGAGUUACAUGUUGAAAACUGUCUUUAUGCACAACGUGGAGGCGUUCCUAAGCAAGAAUUUGAGUCUAGCAGAAAUGCUGAUGGUAUUGUUCAGUCAGUUGGAGGAUCAUUUAUCAAAGAGGUUCAUUCCUCUGUUCUGGGUUCCUAGGAUCAACCUUUUGGAAGGUCUGAACAUCGAUGUUGAAAAAGCACACCAAGUGGCAAAACUCAUGACGUCAUUUGUGCGAGAAAUGGUUUUGAGAGAUGGGAAAUAUCCACGAAUAACCGAUGACGCCAGUCGGCUGAAGGAUCUUGGGCGGACUCUGAAAGUCUUGACGAAGCAGAUCGAGUUUAUUGAUAAGCAAAUUGCUGAUGCGUCAGCACAAAAUCAAAGCGAAGAAGAUCAGAUGCAACUUAUUAAGAUGAAGGAGAUGUCCACUGAAUGUAAGGCGACGGCGAUCCAACUGAAGCAAGAGGUUGAUAGUGCGGAGAAGCAAGGAACAACGCCGGUGUAACCGAUAAACAAGUCCCAAAGAACUCGUGUCAUCACCGCCAUACAGUUUUGUUUGCGUCCAUAAUUAUUACCGUGAAAAACUGAAGACAUUUCCUUUGCAAUUAAAGUAUUACCUGUCUGCCCAAAGACAUUUUCUUAUCCUCCUCUAAAGUUCCCGCAAACGAGUAAUUUCUAUCGCGGCGACGAAAUAAACAAAGCUUAUUGGACGUAUCCAUAACAGUGGUUACAUAAUCAAUAGUCAUUUGCUCAUGGCUUCGUGGCAGGUCGCAGCGAUAGUAAUCGCUUCAGCGACGGAAUUUCGUUCAGGGAACUUCAACGCACGUUGGUCGUCUCAGUCUCCUAUCUGAUACGAACAUUCAGUUGAAUUAGGUGUGCACCGUAAGACAAAAAUACGCGCGGCUUAUGCGAUUGACACAUUAGAGAGUUUUUGCAAAUCCCCGAAACGCAAACGUGAACGCCUAUUUCAUUGUUGACUUCCUGAUAAUGAAGACGAACAAUGGGAUAUACGUUCACUUUGACAUUUCGGGGGCUUUGCGAAAGCUUCCUAACUCCCCGUAAUCUCAAAACAUAACAUGUUCAUUUCUUCUUGCGUGAUAAAUGAACAAAAUAAAAG